AUGCGUCUGUGCAAUUACGAAUUACGGAACCGUCAACAUCGAAAUACCCUCACGUCGCCGUCGACGUCGCCGUCGCCCGCUGCUCAAAGUGAAGCUAUUCAGACCCUAUAUAAACCACCCUUCAGUGCCGAUUGCCAAUUCGAUCGCCGCAGGGGUUUCUCCCCCAUCGUCACUGUGUACGACUCGACGCCCUCUCACAGAGGAGAGGGACGAUCGGCCUGCGAAGCCUGCGAAGCCUACGAAGCCUGCGAUACUCGCGAUACCCUCGUCCUCGUCGUCUCCCGCCGACGCUGGAUAAGGAUGGGCAGAGGAAGAUGGCCUAGCCCGCAGCAGCUUAUAUUCGUCGAUGAGUCUGGCGUUGAUAAGCGUACCGGCGCGCGAAGGACGGGAUGGGCGCCGAAAGGUCUCAAGGCCCAUCGAUCGACCGUACUUGAGCGAGGGCAACGGUAUCAGAUCUUGCCGGCCCUUGCCCUUGACGGUAUCGUCGACGUCGUAAUAUACCCAGGGACGACGAAUGGUGAUGGCUUCUUCGCGUGGAUCUCGCAGGGCCUAUUGCCAAAGUGUGCCGCCUUUCCUGCGCCAAAGUCAGUUAUCGUUAUGGACAACGCAAGCUUCCAUCGCCGACGAGAUAUCAAAGAAGCGUGUGAUGCUGCUGGAGUCAUCCUUGAGUUUCUUCCUCCGUACUCACCAGACUUUAACCCGAUCGAGGCUUUUUUCGGCGAUCUAAAGAGGCUAUUCCGACAGCAAUAUCCUAUAUGGAAUCGAGACGAGGCCGAUGAGUGA